AUGGCGUCCACCGACAUCCAGCCCCAAACAGCCACUGACUCCGUCAGCGAAAGCAACAGAGGCCUUUCGCUCGUUUUCGGGCCAGACAAGCCUGAACUUCUAAUCAGGUCCCUUGGAUCGCUAAUCGACGAACAAGCCGAGACCUUUGGCGCACGGUGCGCUGUGUCAGUACCAUGGCAGUCGACUCGACUCUCGUAUCAAGAUCUUGCGGACCGCAGCAAAGUGAUGGCGAAAGCCAUGCUUGCGAUGGGCUUGAGACACGGGGACCGCGUGGGAAUCAUGGCUGGUAAUUGUUAUCAGUACAUUGAGGUUUUCCUCGGUGGCGCGCGCAUAGGGUGUCCAGUCGUCGUCAUCAACAAUACCUUUGCCCCCGAUGAGCUGGAAGCGGCUAUACAUCGCGUCAACUGCAAGCUCGUAUUCGUCGCUUCCACGAUCGGUCAUCGGACUCUCGAGGACCAUGUCAAUAGGCUGCUUCACCUCCAUAAGCCAGAGUCGUUAUUCGCACGAUUGGUCAUCAUUGGGGACUUGAUAGGAGAUCCCAAAAACAAAAUCAAGCUACAGUCAUACGAGGAUUUUAUCGGUAGCUCUGAAUCAAGCGUGGCCGAAGAUGAUCUUCGGGAGGCUGAGACGCAGGUCUUGCCGUCCGAUGUGCUGAACUUGCAAUUCACAUCCGGAACUACGGGCAUGCCGAAAGCGGCCUCCUUGACACACAUAAACCUCAUCAACAACGCCAGAUUCAACGGAAAUUCAAUGCGACUCACAAAAGACGAUGUCGUCUGCUGUCCUCCGCCACUAUUCCACUGUUUCGGCCUCGUCAUGGGAUUCCUGGCUGCUUUCUCCUACGGCAGCACCAUUGUGUUUCCAUCUGACACUUUCAACGCCCAAAAGGUCAUAGAUGCAGUCGUCAGCGAAAAGGCCACUGCACUUCUUGGAGUGCCGACCAUGUUCAUUGCCGAACUCGAUGUUCUUGAGAAGAGUCCUGUCAAGAUCAACACAAUACGAACCGGUCUCGCGGCAGGCUCUCCCGUACCCAAGGUUCUCAUGGAGAAGCUCCGGAAAAGGAUGAAUAUCCAAGGCAUGCUGAUUGCUUAUGGGAUGACCGAGACGAGUCCUGUCACUUUCAUCACUUCUCUCGAUGACUCGGAGGAAAAGAUGCACAACUCCAUUGGUCGGGUCUUUCCACAUACUGGUGCCAAAGUUAUUGAUAUUGAUGGAAACAUUGUCCCAAUUGGAGUGCGCGGUGAGAUCUGCACCAGUGGUUUUGCUCUACAAAAGGGCUACUGGGAAGAUGAAGCGAAGACGCAGGAAGUGAUGAAAAGCGACGAGAAUGGGAUUCGCUGGAUGCAUACUGGAGAUGAGGGGUACAUUGAUGAGGAAGGCUAUGGACACAUCACUGGGCGCAUCAAGGAUAUCAUCAUCCGUGGUGGUGAGAACAUUUCACCAAACGACAUUGAGAACCGCCUCCUCUCACAUCCCCACAUUGCCGAAUCCUGCGUCGUCGGCCUUGAAGAUUACAAGUACGGCGAAGUGGUCUCGUGCUUUCUGAAGGCCUCAUGUCAUCCCGAAAAGAGGCCUUCAGACGAUCACGUUCGUGCCUGGGUUAGGGAGCAUCUCGGCCGCGUGAAGUCCCCCGAGCACAUAUUCUGGAUGGGCGAUAAGGAAGUCGGACAUGACCUUCCCAAGACAGGAAGUGGGAAGUAUCAGAAGCAUUUGAUUCGUGAUAUUGGGAAUGCGAUUUUGAAGAAGAAGAGGAUGGGCGUGACGGCAAGACUGUGA